AUGGCGGGAAUGGCACCUGAAGGUUCUCAGUAUGAUACAAAGAGUUUCGACACCAAACUCAAUGCAUUCGCUGAUGGGCAGGAAUUCUUUACCUCGUAUGAUGAGGUUCACGAAACUUUUGAUGAUAUGGGUCUGAAAGAAGACCUCUUAAGAGGAAUAUAUGCAUAUGGUUUUGAGAAGCCAUCAGCAAUUCAGCAGAGGGGAAUCGUUCCAUUCUGCAAGGGACAUGAUGUUAUUGAACAAGCACAGUCUGGAACAGGUAAGACUGCAACCUUUUGCUCUGGUAUUUUACAGCAGCUUGAUUGCAACAACAAGAAUGUCAACUGCCAAGCCUUGGUUCUUGCACCUACUCGGGAGCUUGCGCAACAGAUUGAGAAAGUUAUGCGCGCACUUGGUGAUUAUCUGAAAGUCAAGGUUCAUGCUUGUGUCGGUGGAACCAGUGUUAGGGAGGAUGAGCAUAUUCUUUCACUCGGUGUGCAUGUCGUUGUGGGUACCCCUGGCCGUGUCUAUGCUAUGUUACAGAAACGAUACCUUCGCUCUGAUGGGAUCAAGAUGUUUGUGUUGGAUGAAGCUGAUGAGAUGCUCUCACGAGGGUUUAAGGACCAGAUCUAUGAUAUUUUCCAACUCCUUCCUUCCCAACAAGUUCAGGUCGGUGUUUUCUCUGCUACCAUGCCUCCUGAAGCUCUUGAGAUCACAAGAAAGUUCAUGAACAAACCAGUUAGAAUUCUGGUUAAGCGUGAUGAGCUUACCCUCGAGGGUAUCAAGCAAUUCUAUGUCGACGUUGAAAAGGACCAAUGGAAGCUCGACACACUCUGUGAUCUGUAUGAAACUUUGGCCAUUACCCAGAGUGUUAUCUUUGUUAACACCCGACGUAAGGUUGAGUGGUUGACUGACCAGAUGAGUGCACGUGACCACACCGUCUCAGCUACUCAUGGAGAUAUGGACCAGAACAAAAGAGAUGUUAUCAUGCAAGAAUUCAGAUCUGGUUCCUCACGUGUCCUUAUCACUACCGAUCUUCUUGCUCGUGGUAUUGAUGUCCAGCAAGUCUCUCUUGUUAUUAACUAUGAUCUUCCAACGCAGCCUGAGAAUUAUCUUCAUCGUAUUGGACGUAGCGGUCGAUUUGGAAGGAAGGGAGUUUCUAUCAAUUUCGUAACCAAGGAGGACAUGAGUAAGCUGUAUGACAUCCAGAGGUUUUACAACAUAACUAUCGAGGAACUGCCUGCCAAUGUUUCUGAGCUUUUCUGA